AUGGUGGUGUUGUCUAUAGUUCUUGGGUUCCUUGUGGUCCUGAGUAGAGGCGAGAGGGACUUGGACACCAAGACCCGAUCUUCAGAGAAAGGCACAGAAUGGAGGGAUCCCAGUUUGCCUUUGCUGAGGUCCUGCCAGCCAGCCCCUUCCUGCAAGGAAUGCAUCCUUUCCCACCCCAGCUGUGCUUGGUGCAAGCAACUGAACUUCACAGCAUCUGGAGAGGCAGAGGCACGCCGCUGCGCUACAAAAGAGGAGCUGCUGGAACGGGGCUGUUCCCCAGAGGAACUGGAGGAGCCUCACGGCCAGCAGGAGGUGCUGCAGGACCUCCCGUUCAGCCCCGGCACACGUGGUGAAGGCACCAUCCAGCUGGCGCCACAGCGGGUCCGGGUGACCCUGCGGCCCGGAGAGCCCCAGAGCCUCCAGGUCCGCUUCCUCCGUGCGGAGGGCUACCCAGUGGACCUGUACUACCUCAUGGACCUGAGCUACUCCAUGAAAGACGACUUGGAGCACGUGCGCCAGCUCGGGCACGACCUGCUCCUCCGGUUGCAGGAGGUCACCAAUUCCGUGCGCAUUGGUUUUGGUUCCUUUGUGGAUAAAAUGGUGCUGCCUUUUGUGAGCACAGUACCUUCCAAGCUGCGACACCCAUGCCCUACCCGGCUUGAGCCCUGCCAGCCACCCUUCAGCUUUCACCAUGUGCUGUCCCUGACCACUGAGGCAAAUAUCUUUGAGCGGGAGGUGGGGCUCCAGAAUGUGUCUGGUAACCUGGACUCGCCAGAAGGUGGCUUUGAUGCCAUUCUGCAGGCUGCAGUCUGCCAGGAGCAAAUUGGUUGGAGAAACGUGUCCCGGCUGCUGGUGUUUACCUCAGAUGACACAUUCCACACAGCUGGGGAUGGAAAGCUGGGUGGCAUUUUCAAGCCCAGUGAUGGACGCUGCCACUUGGACAGCAAUGGUCUCUAUAGCCGCAGCCCAGAGUUUGACUACCCUUCUGUGGGUCAGGUAGCUCAGGCCCUCUCUGCAGCAAAUAUCCAGCCCAUCUUUGCUGUCACCAGUACCACGCUGCCUGUCUACAAGGAGCUGAGUAAAUUGAUUCCUAAAUCCACAGUGGGAGAGCUCAGUGAGAACUCCAGCAAUGUGCUGCAGCUCAUCAUGGACGCUUAUAAUAACCUCUCAUCCACUGUGACUCUUAAACAUGUUUCACCCCUUCCUGGGGUUCGCAUCAUUUAUGAAUCCCAAUGUGAAGGUUCAAAGUCGGAAAAUCAAGGCCAGUGUAAUCAAGUCCCAAUCAACCAGACGGUGAAUUUCAGGAUUACUCUUCAAGCUAAGCAAUGCUUUGUAGAACCCCAAUUUCUGAAGUUCCGGGCCCUUGGCUUUUCAGAGGAACUCACUGUAGAGCUGCACACACUGUGUGACUGUAAUUGCAGUGACACCCAGUCCCAGGCAUCUCACUGCAGUAAUGGCCAAGGGGACCUGCAAUGUGGAGUAUGCAGCUGUGCCCCUGGGCGUUUAGGUCGACUCUGUGAAUGCUCUGUGGCUGAGCUGUCCUCCCCAGAUCUGGAGUCUGAGUGUCGUGCCCCCAAUGGGACAGGCCCUCUGUGCAGUGGGAAGGGACGGUGUCAAUGUGGACGCUGUAGAUGCAGUGGACAAAGCUCUGGGCGCCUAUGCGAGUGUGAUGAUGCCAGCUGUGAGCGGCAUGAGGGCAUUCUCUGUGGAGGCUUUGGUCGCUGCCACUGUGGAAAGUGUCACUGCUAUGCCAACCGCACUGGCAGAGCCUGUGAGUGCAGUGUGGCAAAUGACAGCUGUGUCACUCCUGGAGGUUUCUGCAGUGGGCAUGGACACUGCAAAUGCAACCGCUGCCAAUGCUGGGAUGGUUACUAUGGAGCUUUAUGUGACCAGUGCCCAGGCUGCAAAACACAAUGUGAGAAAUACAGGGACUGUGUGGAGUGUAAAGCCUUUCAGACUGGUCCCCUGGCCACCAAUUGCAGCCUAGCUUGUGCUCAAGUCAAUGUGACUCGGGCUUUGGACCCCAUCUUGGAGGACAAUGGCUGGUGCAAGGAUAAGACCCUUCAUGAUCAGAUCUUCGUCUUCCUGGUGAAAGAGUCUGGAGAUCAAGUCAUGCUGACAGUGAAAUCCCAAGAAAAGGGAGCAGACCAUACCCAAGCCAUCGUGCUGGGCUGUGUAGGGGGCAUUGUGGCAGUGGGGCUGGGGCUAGUCCUGGCUUACCGGAUCUCAGUGGAAAUAUAUGACCGACGGGAAUUCAAACGUUUUGAGAAGGAGCAGCAACAACUUAGCUGGAAUCAGAACAACAAUCCACUCUACCAAAGUGCCAUCACAACCACCAUCAAUCCCCGCUUUAAAGAAGAGGCGGCAAGCCCUCUCUGA